CGGCCCGCCCGACUCACUCACUCAGCCGGCAUCUAGCGGGCCAACGGGCCGCGAGUACUUGAACCCGGCUGUCCGGCCCCAGCGCUUGCUUGCUUGGCUUUGCUCGCUCUCUUAAGUCAAACAGGACACAAAUAUCCUCAAUGCUCUCGACCCUCUCGUCCCUCCCCAAGGCCACGCUUACCCGCCCCCUCACCCGCGCACUCUCGACCUCCCGCCCAGCCAGCAUGCCCCUCUACCUAUGCUACUGCCCUGACUACCCCGACAACGUCGACGCAAGGCUCAAGGUCCGCGAGGCGCACUUGGCCGAGGCGACAAAGGACAAGGAGUCUGGCGCGUCUGUCUUCGGCCGCGCCUACCUCUCCGACGAGCUCGCGACUCACCAGCCCGGCAAGCCCGCAGCGGACCAGAUCCCCGGCAUGGCCGGCUCGGUCAUGGUGCUGCGGUUCCCCACGCUGGAGGCGUGCUGGGAGCGCAUCAAGGCCGACAAGUACUGGACCGGCGGGGUGUGGGACAAGGAGAAGCUGCGCGUGCAUGAGAUUAUUGGCGCGCCGGUCGACGAGACAAUCAAGAUUCAGUAGUGCGCGCGUGGGUUGCAUGGAUGGCU